CCCAACAACUAGGAAUUAUCCUACUCUACUCUGCUUCUCUUUUUUGCCACACGAUAUUUUCUUCACUUAAUCCCAACUCUUCUUUGAGCCCAAGAAACCAUGGUCAUUACCUUCUCUCCUUGUGCUUGUCCACCUUCUUCUUCCUCCUCCUCUUAUUUCCUUAACAGAUUAUCCAAUUCGAGGUCACCUUACUUGGAUUUCCCGUUAAGGUCCAGAACCCACCUCUUCAAAUCUCGUUCUUCGUCUUUUUCUGACUCUUCUUCCUCCUCAAGCAAGACCAAGUUUUUGUAUCCUCCUGCCAAAAGGGUUGAUUUCAGGUCAUGUGCUCUUCCUGGAUUUGAUUUUGGGAGUGUUGAAUCUGUGUUGGAAGCAGCUGGCGUCUUGACUGCCAUCAUUGUUGUUCAUGAGAGCGGUCACUUCCUCGCUGCUUCUCUCCAGGGAAUCCAUGUAAGUAAAUUUGCUGUUGGUUUUGGUCCAAUUUUAGCAAAGUUCAAUGCCAACAAUGUAGAAUAUUCUGUUAGAGCUUUCCCAUUAGGUGGAUUUGUGGGGUUCCCUGAUAAUGAUCCGGACAGUGAUAUUCCUGAUGACGAUGAGAAUUUGCUUAAGAACAGACCCAUUUUAGAUAGGGUUGUCGUCAUUUCGGCUGGUGUUGUCGCCAAUAUCAUUUUUGCCUACGCAAUAAUAUUCACUCAAGUCUUGACAGUUGGGUUACCAGUGCAAGAGGCAUUCUCCGGGGUUCUUGUUCCUGAGGUUAGAACCUUUUCAGCUGCUUCCAGGGAUGGCCUUCUUCCCGGUGAUGUCAUCCUUGCUAUUAAUGGUAUUGAAUUGCCAAAAACUGGGCCUCUUGUAGUUUCUCAAGUCGUUGAUAUUAUAAAGAAAAAUCCUAAAAGAAAUGUGUUCCUCAAGGUUGAGAGGGGAAAGCAGGAUUUUGAAAUUGGGGUCACUCCAGACGAAAAUCUCGAUGGAACAGGAAAAAUUGGAGUUCAAUUAUCACCAAAUGUGAGAAUAACUAAAUUGAGACCAAAUAAUAUCCUUCAGGCCUUAAAUUAUGCUGGAAAAGAAUUCGGGGGUCUCUUAUAUAAUGUUUUGGAUAGCUUGAAGCAGACUUUUAUGAAUUUCUCACAAUCAGCUAGCAAAGUUUCAGGUCCUGUAGCUAUUAUCGCUGUUGGUGCUGAAGUUGCAAGGUCAACUGUGGAUGGGCUUUAUGAGUUUGCAGCUCUCCUAAAUCUUAAUCUUGCAGUCAUAAACCUUCUCCCUUUACCUGCUCUGGAUGGGGGUUCACUGGCCCUGAUACUUUUAGAAGCAGCUAGAGGCGGAAGGAAGCUUCCUCUAGAAUUGGAGCAGCGGAUUAUGUCAUCUGGUAUCAUGUUUGUUAUACUCCUCGGGUUGUUUCUUAUUAUCAGAGACACACUUAACCUUGAGUUCAUUAAAGAUAUGUUAUGAUUAUCAAUGCUUUUGAAGUUUGGAUGCAAUGUGGAUUGAAAAGACCUUGUUAAAAAGAUGGAAUCAGAUGAUUUCAAUGCAUGCCUAUAAUGUCUCGUAAAGAAGAUGAAUUGGUUUAUAAGAUGCUUGCGUAAUACUUGCUUCCGCAAAAGAUGCUAUAUUGCAGGUUCUUGUAAUUUCUUGGUCUUAUUUAAUUCCAUCCAAAUUUCUAUAUUCCUCAUACUGUUGUAAACUAAAAAUUCUUUGAAGAUAGUAACGAUAGAGAAUGGGUAAUGGACUUCAAUACCUUGUUUCAGCAAAUGAUAAUUCAUGAUAAUGUUGACAUUUUCUAAUAUAAUUUCAUGUUAUGAGUAGGAAUUCUGUCUUGAAUUGACAUCUUGUAUGUGCUGUUGCCUGCUGGUCAUUUGAGUUCAAGAAGAAAGAUAUGCCCAUGUUUUCACCAACUUCCUUUUAUGCCAUUUCUUUUCUUAAAAACUUUUUAAAUUCAUUGAAUACUAUCAGUUCAUAUAACCUAUCAAUUGUCCACCUUGCUGUCUUUGUUGGAGCAAGUUUCCCCAAAUUCCGAGGAAGGAUAGAAAUUUGAUGCUUAUCAUUGGAAGCCAUUUAAGUUGCAAUGGGAGUAUGUAUUUAUAAGUUUUCGGUUACUAAUGGGAGAAUUGGUGCAUGCUGUUGAAAGGCAAGUAUGGUGGAGUAUUUAGAAACUUUCGGCUGGUAAUGGGAGAAUUGAUAGAUACUGUUGAAAGACAAGUAUGCUGGGAACUUGAAAUUUGAGGGGUCACAAUGAA